AUGAUUUCGAUCAGUGGAAAAAGUUGCACGAAAAAAGUUAAUCAAUGCUUCAACGAGAAGUCGAAAUCGAAUGGAUUCGAUGAUUUCAUUGCAUGGGAAGAAAUGGUUAAGAACUACGUUAUUGAUGACAAUUUGGUUGUGGAGAUUCAUGUUAAUCAAAUGAUAAUUUCUGGAAUCGAAAAGAGAAAAUUGAAAGUGUUUGACGAGUCGAUGAAGGAGUUCUCGGAUGUCGUGUUGAUUGUGGAGGAUCAGAAGUUUUAUGUCUCGAAGCUGUAUCUCGCCAGUCAAUCCACGUAUUUCGAAGCGUUUUUCUUGAGAAAUUUCGAGGAAUCGAAGAAAUCUGAAGUGACUUUAAAUGAUAUCAACGCAAAGGAUUUUCAGAAUUUUCUCGAGUUGCUUCAUGGAGAAUCGCCGAUCGAUGACAGCACAAUCGAAGGAAUCGUCCGUUUGGCGGAUAUGUAUGAUGCUAAAAUGGCUGUGAGAAAAUGUGAACAAUUUCUGAUGGAUAAUUCUGGAAAAACGCUGAAAGAGAAGUUGCAAAUGGCUCAUCAAUACCAUUUGGAGAACUUGAAGAUCAAAUGCCUUUCCAACAUCCAAAGUGCUGCAGAAAUUCGUUCGGUCUUGACGUAUGAUCUUUCGAAAAUGGAUCCAACUGUCGUCGGAGCACUUCUUCAAAAAACUCUCGCACUUUUUAAAUAA